AUAAAAUAAAAUAUGGAAAGAACUUGCUUACUUCCAGAACAUUAAGGUUUUGGUUCUUAAAUUAUUGGUUUUUGUGUCACAGAAUGUUGUCGAAAGCCAUCCAGAGCACUUUGUUUUAAAUGUAUGACUGGACCUGGACACUAAGGACAUUAAUUGAUCUAAGCAUAAGAAGAAAAUGCAUUUUUAGCACAACCCAAUCGAAUUUUCACUGAGAUCAACUAAAAAUUAGAAUUGAUGAUAAGAUAAUUUUCGAAAGGUAUUAAAUAUUUAUAGGGGAUUUUGCAAAAGAAUUAUUAACCUUAACCUUUGAGUAAUUUUGGAAAUUCAGAAAUAACAGAAAAGAUAAAUUGUAUUUUAAAGUUAGAGACAGUUUAAAAAUUAAUAAACGAUAGAUUAGAUAAUAUUUUUGAGAAUACAUUAAAAUAAAUAAAAAUCACUUGUCAAGAUUUAACAUUGGGAGAAGAAUUUAAAAGUAAAAAAAAAUAUAUUAAAACUAGGUUAUGAAUUUUUGUAACAUUAGAAAUAUUAAGAAGCUUCACAAUUAAUUAAUUAAUGUUUUUAGAGAGGUAAUAGAAAUACAUUUUUGAAGUUAGCUUAAGGUAAUUGAAAUAUAUGUAUAUGUAGCUGAAAUUUUUAAGGUUUAGGAUUAAUUUUAAGAUGCUCGAGCAAUUUAUUUACAAUUACUUUAGGAAGAUGAUUCAAAUCCUUGGGCUUACUUUGAAAAUAGUAUUAAUAAUUUUAAUAGAAUUAGAUAAAAUGUUAAAUUAGCAAGAACGGAGAUGAAUGUUUAUAAUCAGAAUUUAUCAUUAAUAAUAAUUAUAAGUUUUUCAAUGUCAGAUUCAUAAUAUUUCCAAC